UGCGUUUUAGCGGCAAAUUGAUAUCCUCUCCAACGUGAACCAAUCAGCGCCGACCAUCUCCUGUCAUCGGCGACGCCGUAGCUUCAAGAUGGCGAACCGCUUCCUCUCCGCCGGAAUCAAACGCAUCAGUUGUGUGUUCGGUGCACGAAGUCUAUGUAGCACCACAGCAUCUCGCGCUUCUGCGUUCAAUGCGACGGAGGAGCCUUUCGCGCAAAACAACCCGAAGAACCGAAUUCCAGGACUCAGAUCACCAAAGAAGAGUCCAGUGCUAGCGCUUCAAAAUUGGGUGGACCAAGGAAACAGGAUUUCACCCUCCGAGCUCAGACGCAUCGCCAGAAACCUUGUUAAAUCGAAGCGCUACCACCACGCCCUCGAGGUGUUUAAAUGGAUGGAAAACCAGAAGAAGUUCUAUGUGAUCCCAUCUGACCAUGCUAUGAAAUUGGAAUUGAUCAUUAAAAAUUAUGGUCUAAUGGAAGCUGAAGACUAUUUUAUGAAUAUACCUGGCUCUGCUGCAAAGAAAGUUGCCUGUCUCACCCUUCUACGUGGCUAUAUAACAGAGAGGACACUAGUAAAGCUGAGACUUUCAUGGUGAAGCUCUAUGAACUGGGGCUGGUGGUGAGCCCUCACCCUUAUAAUGAGAUGAUGAAACUAUAUCUAGCCACCUGUGAGUACAGGAAGGUACCCCUUGUUAUCCAGCAAAUGAUGCAUAAUAAAGUAUCCUGCAAUGUUCUAUCCUACAACCUUUGGAUGAAUGCUUGUGGUGAGGAAGAAGGAUAUGGGGUUGCAGCAGUAGAGGCAGUUUUUAGAAUAAUGCAAAAUGACAAGACUGUUGAAGUUGGAUGGAGCAGUCUUGCUACAUUAGCCAAUGUUUAUAAGAAAGUGGGACAAUCUAAGAAAGCUGUUCAGGUUCUCAAAAUUGCUGAAAAUAAACUAUCUACCAGUAACCAUCUUGGUUAUUUCUUCCUAAUAACACUAUAUACUUCUUUGAAGCAAAAGGAAGGAGUCUUGCGGUUAUGGGAAGCUAGUAAGGCAGUUGGUAGAAGAAUGAGUUGUGCCAACUACAUUUGCAUAUUAACAUGCUUGGUGAAACUUGGGGACAUUGUACAAGCCAAGAGAAUCUUCUUAGAAUGGGAGUCUAAUUGUCUGAAGUAUGAUAUCAGAGUCUCUAAUGUUCUUUUGGGUGCAUAUGUGCGGAAUGGAUUAAUGGAAGAAGCUGAAUCAUUGCAUCUCCAGACAUUGCAGAAGGGUGGUUGUCCAAACUACAAAACGUGGGAAAUUCUCAUAGAAGGAUACAUCAAUAGGCGAAAAAUGGAUGAGGCUAUUAUUGCCAUGAAAAGAGCUUUGACUAUGAUGAAAGAUUGUCAUUGGAGGCCACCACAUGGACUUGUUUUAGCCAUUGCAGAGUAUUUGGGAAAAGAUGGGAACUUUGAAUAUGCUAAUAAGUAUAUUACAGACAUCCAUAAUUUUGGUCUUUUUAGUUUAUCGUUGUAUAAAAUAUUGCUUAGAAUGCACCUCUCUGCAAACAAACCACCUUUCCAUAUCCUUAAAAUGAUGGAUGAAGAUAAAGUUGUGAUGGAUAAUGAGACACUUUCCAUUCUCAAAGCCUUCACUAGGUAGGUAACAACAAUCCAUUAAGAUUUUCUGUUUGCUUGUUGCAAGUUGUGCAUCCCCCCAUCAGUUUGUUGUUGCACGUCGUAACAUGGAAGGAGGAUUUCAUGUACCUCCAUGAAGAUCUUCAACAUCUAUACUCAUAUUUUUGUAAGCUCCAUUCAGGUUGAAGUGCCAGGAGGUGAAGUAGUAACCUUGAAGUCAAUUCCAUACUUGGUUUUCAGAAUCUGAGAAAGAGGAUGGGCUACUUGGCAAUUGAAGGUGGAAAAGCUGCAGUUGGUGAGAAAACCUCAUCCUCAUCCCUAUUACCUUUUGUUUUUACUUUUAUUUACCUCACUCAUUUUGGAAACAGAAUACCAUAACCCUUUCAACUUGAGCAAAUGACUGAUUUGUUUAUUAUCAAUAUUUUUUUAAAGAGAUGAAUGUUGAUUGACAUGCAAUUUCUCUUUCCUUGAGUUUGGUUUUGGUGAUGGCUAUAGAUGACGGAAUUAGGAUAAUAUAGCUCAUUCUUUGUUUUUGUGAGUGCUUGCUUAUGUGUGUCAGUAGGGGCGUCUAAAAAAUCCAGUUAUGGUGAUCCAAAUCAAAAUCACUUAAAAAAAAUCCAAACCGUUAAGAAUAAUUGGUUAUAAUGGCACACUUAUUUUUAAAUUGGUUUCUUAUUUUAGGGUGUUUCUAACUGGUUAUUUAUUUGGAUGGCCGCUAUUUCAAAUAGGCAAUCAUCUGGUUCCUAAUCUUUGGGCUUCACGGGAUAGAUUUCUACAAUCUUCAGCUACCAUGCUGAAAAGGCAUGGAAUUUUAGCACCCUUGAAUGCAAGUUAUAGCUUCAGGGCUAUUAGAUUCCCAUGCCUAUAGCAUAGUGGUAUGACCAUCAACCAAGAUUUGCAACACCUAUUGUUUUCAUUUUACCUUUUCAUAUUGAAUCAGUGGCAUAAAGUAACAAAGCCUGGUGAUGUUGAUAUCUGUUUGUACUAUUCUAUUUAUAAGAUUUAGUUUCUUGAGUUGUCUGCCUCCUCUAAAAUUAAUCCCUUUUUUUAUUUCUAUAUACAUGAAUAUUCUUUGUUUAUGUUCACACAUUUGUUUGUGUUUAUGUUUUGCAACUCAGCGUUUAGUGUUCAAAUUGAGAUACAUAGCCAAAGGAAAUUUACUCCAAGGUAAUAGAGAACUGGAAAGAUAAACAAGCCUAGCCAUGAGAGCAACUUAUUUGGGAGAACACCAGGGUGUCUUUAGAUGUCCAUUGCUGGGCAGUGUUUUGGAUAACAUUUUGAAGGGAAAAUUGCAACAACUGUGUUAGUACCGACAAUUUUGGUCUUCCAAGUUUAUCACUGUAUUGCGUGGACUGCACCUUUCUGACGAUGAGCUGACCUCUUCCAUCUUCAAAAUGUUGGAAGAAUGAUCAAAAACUUCUAUUCUUGUAGCAUUUAAUGGGUUUCAUUUUAAUUGACAAAUUCCUACUUGUUUCCUGUUGAGCAUGUAUGUUUUUUUCUUGGAAAAAUUCAAUUCAUGCAUCUUGUCGAUACGUGUUCAGGUUUUAAGACUUGAAGCAAGAGGAGCACGAAUGGUACUGAGAAGUCCAGUGCUGAGAUUUUUUAAAGCUUUUUGGUCCAUCAUCAACCCAGAUAUUUGAUCCAUUCAGCAAUCAAUCCAGCAUAUAGUUAAAUAUCAUUCAAGGUGUUUCCUUGAUUUAAACAUUGACAGCAACGCAUAAUAUGUAAGCAACUCAUAUAUCAUAAAGAAAGAUCAAGCAUGGGCUAAGCAACGCAUACUGCAUGAUAUUGAUGGCUAGGCUUUCAGGUGGAGGAAGACGUCAAGGCUUCGUGGAAGGCCUUGUUGUGGUUAAGCAGUUUAUCACGGGGCGGUACACAUUCUUUGAUACCAGGACACUUAAGAAAAUCGUCGAAGCUUUGACUCUUCAUCAAUUAGGUUUAUGCCCACAAUUUCCUCCACUAUUCGAACCCAGAUUCCAAGCCAGCCGAUAGCAAUAUCAGCAAAGCCUAUUUUUUCACCUCCAUAGCAAUAUCACACAUUCUUAAUAAUAAUGCAAUAUCGCUUGUCUGCAGUGUUUUUGCAACAAUGUAUCUGUAAAAUUCUGUUGCUACAUUGUUUAUGCCGGUUGAGCACUUACUACAGUCAUCAGGCACAUAACCGAUAAUUUUGCAGUUCUUAUCGUCUCCAGAAGAUUCCUAUCCACGUUAGGAUAUUACUAUUUUCUUUCCUCCAUAGCCAAAAUCAAAUGAAUUGUCAAUUAUAUGUUU